CCUCAUUCCACGUUCUGAGAGUUGACCAUCAAUCGGUCCAUGAAUAGAGUAACAGAAUAUAGUUGCUAUACGCUACCUGUGCUUCUUCUAGAUCCAUUCCAUGGCGAUCUGUGCUACCACUAACAAGAGAAGGCUCCAUUGAUUGUGCUAUGUUACGCCUUCCAUUCUCAAGUGGUCAAAUGGUCUUCCAACGUUGAAUAGGUUCCCUGCUACUUCCAAAGAUGGAUCAUCCGAAAAAUAUAGUAACACAACAUAUCCAGGAAGAGCGUAGAUCGAAAUGGAUUGCACAGAGCAAUCAUAAUUUGAAAUGUUUUACAGAAGAUGAGAUAAGAAGAUUUACCAACAACUACAAGACUGUACUCGGUAGAGGUGCCUUUGGAGAAGUUUAUGAAGGAGUCCUUGAGGACGAAAGUGUGGUUGCAGUCAAGAAGUUUAUCCAAAAUGAAAAAGAAAAUUUUGCCAAAGAGUUCAUCAUCCACCGUGAAAUUAAUCACAAGAAUGUAGUCAGAUUAGUCGGCUACUGUUCAGAUGCAAAUGCCCAAAUGUUGCUCAUGGAGUAUAUUCCUAAAGGAAAUCUGAGUAACAUCCUUCACCAUGAUAACAUUCCAAUAGCUUUGGAUACACGGCUAAGAAUUGCCACUGAAUGUGCAGAAGCAUUGCAUUAUAUGCAUUCAUACAUGAAUACUCCGGUAAUUCAUGGUGAUAUCAAGCCUGCUAAUAUACUUCUGGAUGACAAACUCGGAGCAAAAAUAUCAGACUUUGGAAUAUCAAGACUAGUCACCAGUGAAAAUACUCUAUAUACUCAAAGUGUGAUAGGAAGUAUAGGCUACAUGGACCCUCUGUUUGCUCGGAGUGGUCGCCUCAGCACAAAGAGUGAUGUUUACAGUUUUGGAGUUGUGCUCCUGGAACUGAUAACCAGAAAAAAAGCAAGAACAGAGGAUGAGGAGAUUAACUUGGUUGAAAGUUUUUUUCAUUCUCUUUCAAAAGGGUUUAGGAGGGUAAGGGAGAUGUUUGAUCCUGAAAUUGCAACAUCGAGCGACAUGAAGACUAUCGAUGAGACUGCAAAGUUGGCAGGUAAAUGCUUGGGGAUGGAACUCAGCAAACGUCCUGAGAUGUUAGAAGUAGCAGAAAGUCUUCGCAAACUUAGAAAAGCUGCACACCACACACAAGAAAGAAUAGCUCUGUUUUCUUGGGGAAGGAAACAAAAACUCAGUCCGACCGAAAUACCAUCGCUAGAAAGCAGUAGCAAUAGCCAAAAUAUGAGAACUGUAGCUACAGCUGAAAUGACCCCAUCACAAGAAAGCAAUGGUAGUACCCCAAAAACAGGAAGUGUGGCUUCAGCCAAAGAUCUAUCCGAGGGAAGCAGUAGCAGUACCCGAAAUGUGGGAACUUUUAUCAUUAGAUCGACAGUGACAGGCCAAUUGUUUGAGAUGGAGGACCUGCUUCGGGCAUCGGCUGAAGUUCUGGGCAAGGGUACAGUCGGGACAACAUACAAAGCGACUCUUGAAAGUGGAUAUGAGGUAGUGACCAAGAGGCUGACGGGUGUGGAGUUGCCGAAUGCGGAAUUUGAGCAGCAUAUCACGCUGAUAGGUGCCAUCGAGAACAAGCACAUUGUGCCACUGCAAUGGUAUUACUGUAGCACGGAUGAGAAGUUGCUAGUGUAUGAUAUCAUCCCCAUGGGUAGCCUAGCAAAAGUGCUCCACGGUGACAGAGACUCCGGUCCAUCUCCACUGAACUGGGAGCAGCGGUCAGCCAUCUCACUUGCUGCUGCGCGCGGUGUGGCGGCUAUCCAUUUAGCUGGACCAUCGAGCUGCCAUGGCAACAUCAAGUCUUCCAACAUCCUGCUCACGGGUACCCACGAUGCAUGUGUGUCGGAGCACGGCCUGAUAACACUUGGCACGUAUCCCAAUGCCUCCGGCUACCGCGCGCCUGAGCUCAUCGACAAUAAGUUGUUCUCCCAGGAAGCCGACGUGUACAGUUUCGGCAUCCUACUACUGGAGCUUCUCACACGCAAGGCCCCAACAAAUAGCAUAACGAAUAAGCAGGGAGUAGAUUUACCACGGUGGGUUUAUUCCGUUGAUUGGACGGCGGAGGUGUUUGACGUGGAGCUCCGAGGGCAAGAGCAGAAAGACGGGGUAGAAGAGUGCAUGGUGCGAAUUCUGCAUGUCGCCAUGAACUGUUGCAGUCAAUAUGUUGACUCAAGGCCUACAAUGUCUUAUGUUGUGCAGCAGAUCGAGGAGAUCCUUCAGUCCUGACCCCUGACCAAGAACCUCACACAGCAUAGUGAGUGAAAGUUGCUUGGUCACAUUUGCAUUAAAAUGUCUUAUAUUUUCGGGACCCCUUUCAGCUGGUUAUCCUGGAAGUACUACUAUCCUAAAAACGAAUCUUUUUCAUUUCAAGUGUGUAAUAGGUCACCUGUCUACGCGUUAUUGGCAUAUAUAUACACCGCAUUACUCCAAAUGAAACAUUGGGUUCAUGAUUCCACCAGCUAAGCUGCAAUGCUUAGAUAUAUGUAAAGAAUAGAAAACUUGCUAUAUGUUCAUUUAUAGAUGUUAUGUACACAUAUCGCAAUUUGAACAAAUAUGCUUAAAAAAUUAAAAUUUUCAUUUCA